UGCAAUGUUAACAUUAAAUCCAAAAAAGAGAAUCACAGCCCAAGAAGCUUUGAAAGUGCCUUGGAUUUGUGACAGACAAAGAGUAGCAUCAAUGAUGCAUCGUCAGGAUACUGUUGAUUGUUUGCGUAAAUUCAAUGCUAGACGUAAAUUGAAGGGUGCCAUCCUAACAACAAUGAUAGCAACUAGAAAUAUGUCAAGUCGAAAUUUGUUGAAUAAAAAAGACGUGCCGCCAAGUACAAUCAAGGAGUCUACAGAAUCUUCGCAAACUAUUGACGAUUCUGAUGGUUUGGGUACCAGCUCAACAGCAGAUAAAGCAGCUGCAGCUGCGCGUAUUCAACAUGAAAAUACAGUUGUUGAGCGAGUGCCCAACAACAAUAAGGGCCACCAACAAUCACCACUGGCUCCGAUUAGUGGUGGAAUGAAUGCAACAAUUGUUGGUGUUGGAAAUUACUACAAUUCUGCUGCUGGAGCUACAACUGCUUCUGCUGCCUCAUCACCUGCUCCACCUCUUCCCGCACGCGCUUCCCCAAUUCUUUCUGGUGGGCAUUUUUGUGAUAUUUUAUUUUUUAUUUUUAUGUGGGUUUAUUUAAAAAUUUAACUCGAAGUUUUGUAAGAAAAAAAUAAAUAAUAUAAUUUUUUAAGGGGUUUAUAUUCUGCAUUUAAAUUUUUAAUUUAUGUAUUACAUUUAUAUGUUGGACAAUAAUUUAAAUCCCUUUGUAGUUCUAACAGGAUAAUGUAGAAUACAUAGCAUAAUGUGCAAUCUAUUAGCUAGUUUCUAUUAGAAAAUUAUCGUAUAACUAGGGUUUGAUGUUUUUUUGAUGUUUAUAAGUUUAUUCAAAAGAAUUUUCUAUUUUCUAUUGCACAAAUUACAUAUGUACAUAUAAGAUUUCGCUAAUAAAAUUCCACAAAAGAACACUUGUAGCAUGUCACACAUAACAAAAAUAUGUAUUUUUUGUUUUUCAUUGCUUUUUGGUUUUCUUUUGUUUUUUUUGUCUCUUCAUUUUCUUUAUUUUUCUGUUAUGUGUCUUAUUUGUUAGGUUUUCACUAUUAAUGAAAUCCGAUAAUAAAUAUAUAUUUGUUUUGGACUUGUUUUUAUAAAAUGCACAAUAUGUGUGUAUUCUCCUUUUUAUUUUCCUUUCUUGUUU